AUGGAGCGACGAAUGGUAGUCGAGGGCGAGCUCAGUUCGGCAGCAAACAGACUCAAGGCAAAGGCAGGGCAGGACAAGCCCGGCGGCACCAAUGUCGUCUCGCACUUUGUAAAGGACAUUCUACUGGACAACGCGAACCUGCAACAUGGCAUAUUGGAACUUCGGGAAAUGCUCACCAAUUCGAACGAGGAAGUCGAGCGACUGCGUGACCAACUCAAAAUCCAUCAGCCUGUAUCUCCAUCACCUCAAGAGGACCAGUCUGCACCGUCACUGCAGAAGGAACUGGGUCUGGAAGGAGAGGCGAUUAUGAAUCAGGAGGUGCACAUCCAUCACCACUACCACGGACCCAAGAUCACCAAGAACCUACCCAAGCCAACAGCACCGCGAAGACCGAAGAAGAAGCGAUUUUCCCUCGGACCUACCCACUUUGACCCGCCUCCACCACUCGAUCGUUCCUCUACCGCUGCUAUCCUCAACUCUACCGCGGUCACCGUGCCCAACUCACAUCGCUGGUCGCAGGCUUCGACUCUGACGCCUGGCUCGUUCUGCGGCUCACCCACAUCAGAUUCGCACCGUGGCUCCAUGUAUGACCGAGUUUUUAGUGACGCUGCAUACGACUCAUCACGGCCCACUAGUCCGCCUGACUCCAUCGACAUGCAUUCUCCUAUGUUUGGACCUACCAGAUCUGAUAUCAGCUCGGAUCGCGAUCUCACAUCGAAACACCGACGAAGAUCUUCACGCAGUUUGAAGCCGCCUGGUGUAGCAACAAUUCGCAGCAGUAGUACGCCAAUAGCCAUGGUGUUCAAGAGCAGUCCUGCUACAGCUAUUGUUUCGGCCGUUAGUCCCGCCAAUUCUCUGUCUAAUGACUACCUUGCGCUUUCCUCCUCGCCACCAUCGCAACCUCAAGCGGCGAUACCAGAAGAGAAUGAGGAUUCCCCUCACCUCACGCCAGAAGCCUCGACAAUGACUUCUCCUGAGAUGGAGGCGAAUGAAUUCGUCCCCGCAAUGACGCCCAUGAGACCCACGUUGCGCCGCCACGCUUCUCACGAAUCUCUUAUAUCAGUAUCCGGCAUGGAUAUCCACACCUUACAGUCGAGACCAUCGCAGCUCUUCUACUCCUCUCGCCUUCCAUCGCCUGGCAACGCAGGAUCCGUGGGGCCUGAACUCACUCCAUGGACUGCCACCGCGCACGGCACCCUGUCACGCAACAACUUCGACAGCAGCACUCUCAGCCGCACCCUACUCAACUCAAGCACCGCGACGCAGAAACGCGGGCCGCGAAAAAGCGACGGCCCAAGCCCGACCUCAAGCAACACCGGCCUCGGCAGAAAAGUGGGAGGCUGGGUGUUUGGCAAAUGGGGCGCCACGCCCGCUCCCGCUCCCACUCCCGCUGAAUCUUCCCGUCCUGCUAGUAUCCAGUCUCAGGAGACGCAGUCAACACAGAGCACGGCCACCACGACCAACACCACGGCGACGACGGCGGAUGCGGCGAAGAAGAAGGCGGAUCGGCUGAAGCUUCGCGCUUCGGGCGUGAAUCAGUCGGGGCCCAUGUGGGGCUACUUUGACAUUCCUGAGACUCCGACCAAUAUCGUCGUGCAGGAUUAUGAUGCUGAUGCGCUUGGGGAGGCGCUGGCGGAGGAGAUGACGCGGUGA